CGCCCACGCCUCACGACCGCGUUUACAUCGUUUCAGGCAGUGGCCACGUGCCUCCGCCCAACGCGUCCACACGCGCCCGUCCCUCUGCCAAACGCGUCCACCGCUCAUCUCCUCGCUCGUCGCUUGCCAUGGACGUCGCGACUCUUCGCGCAGAACUCAAGGCAUGGGAACGCGACUUUAGGAAUGAGCAUUCUCGUAAUCCCACUAUUGAAGAGAUCAAGGACCAGCCAGCCAUAGCGGCCAAGUACAAACUCUACAAGUCUCUAUCCAAAUCAGCUACAUCUUCAUCCAUCGCGAAGUCGUCCACCGCGCGUUCAUCUACCCCUCCCAGAUCGCAGUCGCGUCGGUCCACCCAUACAUCCACGUCCUCCUUGCUGCCUAAGGCACGCGCCGUCAAGGUCGGCCCACCAAUACAAACCACAAACCCAUUCUCCCCUGUCAAGAAGAAGCCUCGCUCAGCGCAUCUUGAUUCACCACCUACGGCUUCAUCAACUAAGCUAUCAGAGCAUGACCCUCACAUAAACCCAUUUACGACUCCCACCAAGACUAGAUCAUCCACGAAGUCCAAGCCCUCUGCCCCGCUCCCCUCAGCUGCUACGCGUACACCCUCCGGCAAAUCCGCGGUGACUCGCGCUCGCAAGCGUCUGCGCGGAGAGCCUGUUUCGCCUUCUCCUGUCAAAGAGAAGAGGGCACGCGUCGGCUCCCAGCGCGCACUCAACUUUUCGAGCACACUUCAGGACAGUGAUGACGAGGACGCACAGCAGGGUCACACUGUCGGAGCUGCCGACGAGACGUUCCUCGAGGCAACUCCUAUGAAGCCUCCACCGGGCGGUAAGUCGUUUCGGGUCCUCUUCGAUGAGGUUCUUCCGACCGCGCAGGAGGCCUCGCGGCAGCCCACCACCCGCACCCUCUCACGGACCAUGUCGGCGGCCCCCAAGCCGAACGGUCUCAGCAACAAACGGGCCCGAACACGAGCCAUGUCGCCGUCAUCUUCUGAAGAUGAAGGUGACAACUGGGGGAAUGGGACGAAGCUCGAGAGUCUCAUUACGUCCGCCAAUGGGUUUCAUCGCAAGAGGCUGCCCAACGGAUCUGACGACCUGCGGUCGGAGAAGGCCCCUCUCAGGGGCUCAGUUCCGAAAGGCCCGCUUCCCAGAGGGAAGACGCCUACGGGCUCUGUUGACGCCAGUGGCGCAGCACGUUUAAAUGGAAAACGACCCCGCCCUGAUGCUCGAGAUGAUUCCAUAGGAAUCGACAUCGCGAACGGCCUCGGUGAAACGAAUGAUGUUGACCACACCGCACAUUCAAGGACAAGCAUCGCAAACGACAAAGGCAAAGGCAAGGCCGCCGCUGCAUUCAGUCGGAAGAAGGCGAGGCUGCUCGAACAGCUGGGCGGCGACGGAGUCAGUGACGACAGCACGGACAGUGAAGAGGACAACGACCAGGAAGUCUCUUGCACUUCCCACGAACUAGACGAUCCAGAGUUUGAGUGGCCGGCUCGCCCUGCGCAUCCUCCUGAUUCUCCAUCCGCAGACCCCCCUGUCAUCGAAGGUGCCGUGGAUCUGGCAAAUGCAGUUCUCUAUGGCAGGCGCGAAAGUCACUUCGACGCCAAAGGUAUGGAGGUGUGGGAUGUGGGCGAGAUGAGCGAAGGUGCAGAAGGUGCAGGGGAAGACGGAGAAGAUGAUUGGGAGGGCGAGCCUAUUCCGUGGGAGGUUGGAGAGCUGUAAGAUGGCGGGCAUAUUGUCAGCCUGGAUCGAAGGACGAACACCUGUUGUACCAAGCCUGGUGAUGUGCGUCCGUCUCCCACCUGCACAUGCUUCGGCUAACAACUUG